GUAGCCCGGCACAUAAACAGUUAUAAGUCGCGAUUUCAGGCGAGGUAGAGCAAGGCCGCCGCGCUUACCUCCUAUUACGUCGGCUUGUUGGGCCGGCCGUGCGAUAAACUGACCUUGACGCCUCGGUGUACGCCGUUGCGAGCGACCAGUCGUGAGCCACCGGUUGAGAACUACCUGAGUUUGCCGUCGCCACGUGCACACACAGUCCCAGCACUCAUCUAUAGCUCUAUUGGAUGGAUAUUGCGGCUGCGUAUUGAAGCUGGUUUGCAGCGUGCGGUGCGGUGCUCAAAACAUCAUGAGCUGCGCCCGCUGGCCUGUCUUCAAUGCCUGCAUGGCCAUUCUAGUGCUAGCUACCUGCUUGCAGCUUGGUUAUGGUCGGCACUUGGCGGGCGUACCCCGGCGGUCCGCUGUUGAAGCGCUUCCUUACGUCUGGGACACUUCUCUAUGUGUCUCCUUCAACGCGGACGACUUCGCGCCUCUGAUGUCCCGGCAGGGCGCGGUGCUGGGCUAUGUCACGGUGCGCUCGGGCGCUCCCCGCAGUGCGCCGCGCCAGCCCGACGGCACCACCAUGCUGCGGCUCGACGUGACGCUGGACGGCGAGGCCGACGCGCAGUACGUGCUGGCGGCGCCGCGGCUGACGCGGGGCCAGGACGCCAACGCCACAGCCAUGCCGGCCAACGUGUACGCCUCCCUGUCGCGCCGGGAGCCAGACGCCUGCCCCUCCACCGUGCCCGCACACCGCGCCGCCGCCGCCGCGGACUGCGGCUCCCGCCGCGCCAGCCUGGUGGUGGACGUGCCCACCAGCCUGUUCCGCUGCGCCGCCGAGGAGGAGUUCCGCUCUUUCUUCGUGCAGGUCGGAGUGGACCUGGCGCCCGCCAGUGCCGGUGCCGGUGCCGGUGUGGCCAAUGGAUCCGCCACCUGCGCCAACGCAACGCACACCGCCUUCGCGGGCGCGCCGCAGAACUCGCUGACCACUGGCUGCUCCUACAUCCUGGUCACAGCCGCCUGCAGACCAGCCACGUGUGCGGGCGCGGUGGCUGGCGGCGCCAAUGGCAGCGGCAGCUCGGAGACGGACGGCAGCGCCAUCGCCGGCCUGACCGCCACAGCCCUGGUGGGCCACGGCCCCGCGCUGGAUGCGGCGGCCGACGGCGGUGCGGGCGGCGCCAAGCACGUGACUGCGGCCAUUGCGGGCGGCCUGGCGGGCGGCCUGGCGCUGGCGGCUGCGGUGGUGGGCGUGUACGUGCUGGCCCUGCGCUGGCGGCUGCGGCGGGCGGUACAGCAGUACGGUGAGGACCAGGCGUUCGACGUGCUGUACGGCAAGAGCCGCCACUGGUCGGGCACUGGCAGCGGCGGCCGCAGCGCGGGCAUCAGCCGCAGCAAUAGCGGCGUUAGCAACAGCAGUGACGGCGGGGCAGCGGACUACGCCGUCGCGACCUCAACGCCAGGCGGCAAGCGCGCCCGCGCCCGCACGCCGCGAGGCUUCACGUCGCAGGCCGGCCGCACCCCGCGCGGCGGCCUGGGCGCAGUUCGUGCCGACGACGCCACCAGCCUGCUGGACGGCGGUAGCUUCGUGGCCGCACGCAGCGGCGCCGCGUACGGCGCCGCACCCCAGCACGCGCCCAAGCGCCGGGGCCACCCAGCAACCGCCUCAGCCGCCGCCGCCGCCGCCGCCCCCUAUGGCGGCGCGCAGUACUACGAGGGUGGCAGCGGCUGCAGCACACCCCGUGGCGUGGACCCUGCUGCUGCUGCGGCGGCGGCGCUGCCGCCCACGCUGCCCAGCCUGUUCAGCCGCAUGCCGCUGGGCGCCGCCUCCGACUUCGCCGCGCUGACCCGGGGGCCGGCCGCGUCGCCAUUCGUGGGGCUGCAGCUGGACCCCACACCCGAGGGCGAGGCGGGCGAGGCGCCGUGCAUCGGCAUGGAGCUGUACGGCUCCGUGCACGGCGGCACUGCUGCUGCUACAGCCUCGCCGCACUUGGACUAUGAGUACGAGGUCAAGACGCCGCGCGCCAUGCAGCCGCUGGCGCCGCCGCCGGCGCAUCCGCGCCUGCAGCAGCUGCAGCUGCUGGUGCCGCCCGGCUCUCCCGCGCUCUCGGCGGCGGGCAGCGUGGCGGACGCACCCGGCAGCGCCAGCCACAGCCGCUUCGUGCCGCGGGGCUCGUGGAACGGCGCAGGUGCCAGUGCCGCGCCGCAACCGCAGCUCUGCCUGCAGCAGCACUGCCUGCAGGCGGGCACUCCCCGCAGCCGCUCGCUGGCGCCCCAGCACCUAAGAGGUGUGCACUUCGUGCCGGCGGCCUCGCCCUCGGCGGCUGCGUCGCCCUGCCCCGGCUCUCCGGCCCUGCCGCCAGCAGGCGGGUCGCCCACCACUGGCGGCAGCGGCGGCCGCUCGCCCGCGAGCGGCGGUAUGGUGGCUCUGGCGCUGCUGCGAGGCGCCGGCUCGUGUGCGGCUGUGCAACGCACAGGGAGCGGCCACUCUCAGGCCGCCACUGCAGGCGGUGUGGUGGAGGCGGCAAGGGAGGCGGUGACUGCUGACGCCACCUCGUUGCCGGCAGGCGCACGGACCGCCGCGCUGCGAGCGCCGGCGGACUGGGAGUCGCUACGGAAUGGGGCCGGCCCUGCCGCAGUGUCGGUGGUGCGGCCCGGCAGCAGCCUGGAUGGCCGCAAGCAGUGGUAGCGUGCCAGUCGCACAUCUUGGUCCGGCACCAGCCUUGCACGGAGUCUUGCAUGAUUGAGUCAGUGCGGGGUUUGAUUUUGUAAGACUGUAUGACACUGGACAAGUGUUCCCCGGUCACGGGAAAAGGGGCUGAGCCCCUCCACAGUCUGAGGUCGAACAACCUCAUCGCCCGGACAUAGCCGGGGUCGGUUUCCACAGGCACAUAGCCAAAUGGUUUUGCAUGACACUGGAAAAUAUUUUAUGUUGCUAAAGCGCUGAAACGCACUGCUUUGCUGCGGUUGCAACCCAUUGUGUUGGCCGCAAUUUGGGGGCUGUUGAAACGAUUAAUCAUGUAGGCGUCCCUUUGACGCAACAUUCCAUACAGCAUAUCUUCCAAUCAUGUCGUGUCCACUCUUGGGCACAGCUUGGGGCAAACCCAGUAUGAGUUGCACACGGCGCACAAGACAUGGCCAUCACACGAGCACAGUCAUGCAUACAAGCACAGUCAUGCACACACGCGCACGGCGGCACGCUCCGUCAACAAGAACAACAAGCGACACGCAGCUGCGGACUGAGGCCAUAACCGGUCCGCGCCAUCAAGCAUUCCUAUCAUCUAUAGACUGCACGCACUGGGGCCGCGGAGUCAUUAUUGCAUGCGUGUGUGAUUGUGGAGAGCCGCAGCGUGGGUGGCGUGUGACUCCAUCCAUUGUCACCCGUUGCACACCGCAGCCUGCGCGGUGCGGCUAAGGCCAGCUGGGCUCAAACUAGCUGGUCAAGGCUUGCACUUCUCCCUUUUGUGUUAAUGGGAGAUGUGGUUGUGCCGCCCGAGUGUUGCAUACAUGCAGUAUGGUUGCUUGGGUAAUUCAGUAUAAUAUGUCACGGUUACAUCAAUAGUCGUGGAAUGCGCAGGGUGCUUGUGAGCCAGAGUGCUGUCGGAGUGUGUGAGGGCCGCUCGACUCUGCAACAUAUCAGAGCAAUGCGAGUGUUAGUGGUCACCGGGCACGCAGUUAUGUUGCAGACCGAAACCACAGCGCGCUGCGCCUGCGGCUGGAGCUCACGCCCCCGGCAUUCCGCGGUUGAGAGACCAGGCAGGGAAUGGAUGCAAGGCCAGGACCCCAGGGCCCUGCAUGCGGUACUGCGGCAGGUGUUUGGCAGGCAAUCAUUGGGCAAAACCCCUUUCGUGGCUGAUGUUAUGACGCUGAGAUUGUUGAAUGUUUUACAAUGCAUGUUGGCAUGCAUGGAAUGCGGAGUGGCGCAUGCAGGCAUACGGGUAGCCGUGCUUCGGGUCGAUUGUGUUGGAUGAUGUAGUUGUCCGAACUUAGUGGCCUUAGCUUUCCUGGCAAAUCACAUAGAUGCAGGAAGGAUGCGGCGUGUGGCGGUAGUGAGGCUGGGAGAUGGGGGCCCAUGAUCGACCCGUCGUGCAGUGGACCCCUUCUUUCCUACCGGCCAGCCUGCUCCUUACUGCAGCACGGCGCAACGGCGGCGCAUAUCACCUUGCGCCUCGCAACGGCCCUGCGCCAUCUGCGUGUCUCCCCUAGUCGCAUUUUGCCUAUCUGUACACUCGCCCGCCCGUGUUACCUAAUUAGCAUGCUCCUGCCACGCGGCACGCGGUGAUGGCGAGCAUUGUGUUGGAGCUGGUGGGUAGACACGCUUACGUUUUAUGUGCGUUGUGCUGGUGUUGGUGUAAAGAGGAUGGUCUUAGGGUGGUAGGUAUAGGUAGAAGCGCGGUUCAGAGCGCAAGGUAACGGGCUAAUUGUGAUGUGAACUUGGCAACAGCGAAUGACCUGCACAGCCGUGUACCUGGGCUUGGCUUGAGCACAAGCAGUGGAGCCUAUGCGCUGAAAUGUGCGCGCAGUUUGUAAGUUGGGAGUGUGUGUGCUGCAGCGUGUGUGUGCAGAGUUUGGAGGACAGGGCACUUAUCCUGUCCUCCUGCCGUCCGGCCGAGGUCUUUGAUGUGGUCGGUUGAUCCUGUCUUAGCGCUAGCCCUCUUACACCGUCCUGAGUGGUCGUCUGUCCUAGGCGCAAGCUCAACAAAUGGCUUCGGCGUGUGUGGACGCCGCGUUGUCGAGAGCCACGGAUGGCCCUAGUACACCAUGGGGGCAAGUCGCACCCGUGGAGCCGUGGAGGGCACUGUAGGUUACCGUGCUCGCGAUGCUUUGCGGAACUUCUGGGCAGCAGCAAAGCCGCACCAAUUCAUGCCACACGGGGCAGCGCGCUUGCCGUCGUGCUUCUACAGGCUGGACAGAGCAUACACACGUGAGCGCUGCAGACACAAUGCCACCGUAACUGUUUAACGUAUGAUGAUGAUGAUGAUGAUGUGUUACAGGGUUGGGAGUGUCCGUUCCUGAACCUGUAACGAGGCUAACCG